CCACCUAACUCUAGGCCACAAACACGUCAACAAUGCUCUCCUAAGCAAUAAAGCAGAGGAGGGAGCCUUUCUGAUUGUGAUAUUCUAUUUAUCUCAGGCAUACACACGCACACACACACACAAGAUUUAAGGCAUAGCCUACAGACAGACUCAACACUGGACUUUGCAGAGUGUGUAGCUGCACAAAAGAAGAUCUCGACAGCAUCGUGUGCUGACAUAUCAUCAUCACCCAACAGAUAAACAGAACUUCCAAAGGAAGAGGAAUCCAGAGUAAUAGCUGAAGAAGCAGCUUGACAUGGGGAAUUGCCCCAUCAAAUUCCGAUCCAAUAUGGCAACCCUUGAGAAUACAACCGAUCUUGCAAUGUCAGAAAACAAUGGGCCAAUAAUUGUGUCCCUGUAUGAUAUCCCCUCCCAAAGUCCGCUGGAGUCCAGCAUCCACAUGGGAGAGAGGCUGACUGUGUUAUCAGACGACGGGGAAUUUUGCAUGGUACGAUCCACUAUAACUGGCAAUGAGAGUUACAUUCCCAGCAACUACACUGCCAAAGUAAUAAACAGGUGGCAGUAUGAAGGCAUCAGCCGAUCCAAGGCUGAGGAGCUUCUGCUGUUACCAUUCAAUCACACUGGGGCGUUCCUGGUUCGAAAGAGUCAGACAAACCCAGACAGCUACUCACUUUCGGUCCGUGGGAGGUCAGACUCCUUGAACCUGGGCACAGUGAAACACUACCGAAUCUGUCGCCUCCAAAAUGACUGGUUCUACAUCUCCCCCAGCAUCACCUUUAAUUCCCUGUGCCAGUUGGUGGAUCACUACUCUGAGUCUGCAGAUGGGCUGUGCUGUUCACUGAGAGAGCCUUGCAUCAUCCACGGCUCAAUCAGUACUUCCAUGACCAGACCCUACCCAAAAGCUAUCAGGAGACCUACCUUGAACUGGAAGGAUGUAGACAGGUCAAUGAUCUUCAGGAAGACCAGAGCAGAUUCUGAGGAUUCUCUGGUGAGUGAGGGUCUAAGGGAGGCCAUCAGAUCAUACAUCUACAUGACAGAAGCCGGCUGCCAGGACUGUGGCACACGAUGGAAUACAUGAGGGGAGGUCAGACUGCGAGAAUAAAAGACAGAGAUAUAAUACUGUAUCUAGUCUGCUUCUGUACUGACUUAGUGGUCCCAGCCCAGUCAGGGUGACAUAUAAAAAUGCAUAGAAGCUGAAAGACAUAAGCCUACCGUUUGCAGCCAUAUUGAAUACCACAAGCACAAUCCACGUCUUGAUGGGAACAUGUUGUGUUGCUCUUCCAAUGCUCGCUGUAUUCAGGAACUGGAAGGUCUUAAGAUGUGAGGAGCUUUGGGGAAUGUUCCACUCUGCUUGUCAUGCAGAAACACAAAUAAUUGGUCUCUUUUUAACCAAUUGAAGGAAGAUCAGUGAAAGACAACCAUUUUGUUUGAGUUUGUGAAGGGAGUACCGUUUGAUCGUUCUAUUUGGGAAGGGUCCAUACUGCUAGUCUUGGAGAAACACAAAUAAUUGUUGUGUUUUCGACCAAUUGAGGGAUGUUUAAUAAAACACAAUCACUUUGUUUGAUCGUAAAAGAUGAUCAAAGGGAGUACCGUUUGACCGUUUCAUAAUGUGCAAUGUCUGUAAUCUGUAUGAAUGAAAUGCGGUAACAAAAUGACCAGAAUUUGCCUUCCAGAGGCCUUGUGCUCUGGUAACUGGUAUAAUAAAUAAAUAC